ACCGCACCCCCGACCAUGGCCGGCAUCGCCGCCGGCUUCGCCUUCGCCCCGGCAGUCUCCCGCCACCUCCCUUACAGGUCCGCCACCUCCACCACGUACGCGUCCGUUCCUUCGUCUUCCUUCUCCGUCUCCCCGGUGCCGUGGUCACGGGCCGCGCGGCGGGGGCGGCCGAAGCGCGGGCUCGUCGCGGUCGCGCGCUACUCCUCGUACGGGAGCGACGAGGAUGACGAUGAGGACGGCGGAGGUGGGAGGAACCGCGCCCCCGAGCCGGAGCAGGACCCCGCCCUCGACAUCGACCGCAUUCAGUCCUCGACCGUAAGGCUGCUGGAUGCCAAGAAAGAUAUGGUUGGUGUUAUACCUGUAAGCGAGGCAGUUAGAAUUGCAGAUGAAAAUGACCUUAUACUGGCAAUAUUGUCACUAGAUGGAGAUCCUCCAGUACUCCGACUCUUCGAAGAGAAAGAAUACAAAAAACACAAGUAUGAACAGCAGAAGAAGAAAAGAGUUCAGCAAAAAAGAUCUGUUGCAAAACGCAUGGGCAUCAAAGAGCUAAAAAUGGGGUACAACAUUGAUAUUCAUGAUUAUAGUGUGAGGCUUAGAGCUGCAAAGAAGUUUCUUAAAGCUGGUGACAAGGCUAAGAUUGUGGUAAAUUUGAAAGGCCGGGAGAACUUGUACAAAAAACAAGCGAUUGAACUUCUCAGAAGAUUCCAAACUGAUGUUGGUGAGCUAGCAACAGAAGGAAGUAAGAAUUUUGCGGAGAGAAAUAUAUAUGUGAUUCUUGUGCCGAAUAAACUAGCUAUACAGAAAGAACAAGAUGGGUUAAAUAAAAAGGUCAGGGCAGAAGGAGAAGUGGACCAAUCGGAAGACGAAUCAGACGCAGAUGAGGCUGUGAUCGAACAAGUCGAGGAAACUUCUUUGGAUGGGGAUGAGCCUGUGAUAGAAGAACUGGAGGAAAGUAAGGAACCCGAGACAGAAGUCUCAGCAAAUGUUUGAUUUAGCUGUAAAAGGCCAAUGGUGUUGCCUCUGAUUUUAGAAGGUACCAAUACUGCUCAUGUAAAUACAAGGAUGGUGCUAUUGUACUUGUACGUCCCUUCCUUGCCUGCUAAAACAGUAGAACUAUCCACCACCAUCGCUGCCUGGGCUCUAGACACAGUGAGGGCCCUGCGAUUAUCAAGAAGCUGGAGCCUCCGCCUUGUACUGGAAUCGACUAAUGGGCUUGGAAUCAUGCAGUAAGUAAGUUGGUACCAGUCAUGGACUCGUGGUGAUUGAUAAAGGUUCGCUUGUACUGCCCGAUGUGGCAUUGUUGUAGAUUUUGUUUUGGUGCCGCCGUUCCCAAAUACCGGUCAGUGUUGUGGAGAAGAUCAGUUGUAUCUUGAUUUUUGACUGGAAGAGCCUAAUAAGAGGAUGUCGUGCUAUUCA